AGGCAUGCUCGUUUGGCGGAGACUAAGAGGCUAGAUUUGAGGGAGAUUUUCGACUAACUCGCGAGAACUCGUAAGGGAGUAGGUCGUGGCUGACAGACAACCGGGUGCAUCGAGUACAGCAUUUGCCGAGUUGCGCGAACAUUUCGAGCUUUGUUCUCCCGAUCUUUUGGAGCUCGGCUCCGAGCACUUCGAUUUCGAGGGACCUCUCUUAGCUUCGAGUCGGCGGUACGCCGUUCCGUACGGUCACGCUCGCUCGGUAAUUCGCCGAGUUCCGUUAAAAUAAGAAUCGAUAGUGGACACUCGCGGCGUGUUCACCCCGAGCGUUAGUCAUUUUUUGCCGGAUUUAGCUGCCAAGUACGUAGUAUUUCAUCGCAGAUUCCUUUUCUUACUGUUAAUGGUACCUACGUAACCAACUCCAGCCAUGGGGAAUAUGUUUGCAACAUUAUUCAAAGGCCUCUUUGGCAAAAAGGAAAUGAGGAUUUUGAUGGUAGGACUCGAUGCAGCUGGUAAAACGACAAUUCUGUACAAAUUAAAAUUAGGCGAAAUUGUAACGACGAUUCCCACUAUAGGCUUCAAUGUAGAGACAGUCGAAUAUAAGAACAUUAGCUUUACGGUCUGGGAUGUCGGUGGCCAGGACAAAAUCAGACCACUAUGGCGGCAUUACUUCCAGAACACACAAGGACUGAUAUUCGUCGUUGACAGUAACGACAGGGAACGCAUAGGAGAGGCUCGAGAAGAACUUAUGCGAAUGUUGGCAGAGGAUGAGCUCAGAGAUGCAGUACUUCUCAUAUUUGCUAAUAAACAGGACCUUCCCAAUGCCAUGAACGCUGCGGAGAUCACGGACAAACUCGGCCUGCACUCGCUACGCAACCGCAAUUGGUACAUCCAAGCAACGUGUGCCACGAGUGGAGACGGACUUUACGAGGGCCUCGACUGGCUUUCCAAUCAACUCAAGAAUGCCAAUCGCUAAUUGAGAACGUCAUUGCUGUCAACUCUCAGUUGCUAUAUUAACAUCAUAAAAAACAGAACUACACUACCUGUCCCCCCAAACAAUCGAGUUAACCAACUGCGACGAGGAGCGGUGACCGUUUACCGCCGGACGGCCCUUUAACUUUCUCAUGGAGGGCGGUCGGAAGUUAGAUGAAACGGUUUGGUCGUACCGGGAGAAUUUGGGGGAACAGGGCUGGAGGGAACGAGUGGUCGGCGAGACGAUCGGCCCAAAACAGGACUAUUGCCGAGGGCAACUUUAUUAUUAUUAUUAUUAUUAUUAAUAUUAUUAUUAUUAUAUUAUAUUAUUACAUUAGCAUUAUAGUUACACUUUUUACACGGAGAUACCACGAAGAAACGAAAAAAGUGGAAAAAACCUGAGAGUAAUUGUAUUAAAGUACCUAAAUCGGAACCGUAAAACACAAUGAUCGAUACACCCGCGCCGGACACAUCCUACUUUGAGUAAAACCGGGGACAGAGAGGAGGGCAGGUCGAAAGUGAAAAGUGGAAUGCAGUCUCGCAUCCGUGGAGCGGUCCGUCGAUACGCGCUGGAUAAUAUUUCAUGCAUCGUAAUGUAGACACAUAUUGUACAUUACAUUAUAUAAAUACGAUGACGAAAAAAUGUGAUCUAGGGAAGGUGUUGGAGGGGAUGAGAGGGUGCUUACUUUAUUCACCGCAUCGCGAGCGUCGCAUCGGCCCAUCAGCUUUCAUCAGGGUACAUACUAUAACCGUAUAGUAUGUACGCUGUGCCCUAUGUAUACGGUCGGUUCAUGAAACGUGCAACCGCGGGUAUACGUACCCACGUAUGUAUGUACACAUAUGUGUAUAUAUGUAUAUGAGUAUAUACAUACAUAUAAAUAUAUAUAAUAAUGCAUACAUACAUACAUCCGCUCGCAUACAUUCACAUACAGCAGAGACGAUAAGGAUGACACGAGAGUUCCUCGAAUUAUCUUCAACUUUGCCGUUUAGAAUUUUAAAGAGAAUCCUUGGUUUCUACACUUUUUUUAUGUUUCCAGAGGCGAAAGUCGAGUAGCGGCGUGGAAUGUAUAGACGGUUUCUUCGCUGACGAUUGUCACGAUUUCAUAUUCCCGAUACUUCCCGAUACCUUUCGACAAGGGGGCCGUCUAUAUGGGAAAUCAUUUAUUUAUUGCACCUCGAUACGAUCACGCUAGAGUUACGUCGACAUUCCAAAAUGAAACGGUUAAAACGGAACAGAGGCUCUAGCAGUCACCGGUUGGGAAGAUGAAAGGAAGGGACUCGAUGAAACGGUAGCGAAAAUUGUAAGAGUCGGAACGAGCACAGGUGUUAAAGGGAAGUUAAGUACCGGCUUGGCGAUCGGCCAAAAACUUUCGAGUUCGUCGUAGCCGGUUGGGUGUUCAAGACUUUUCGUUGACACGACAACGUUUUUAAAAAAUAAUCCACUCCCUCUACUAAAGAAAUUCUGUAAUGUUGAUUGAAAACACCUUUCCGCCAUAUGCGAGAAUUCGAUAUAAUUAUGUAUGAAUGUUUAACGAUUUGUGAAAUAUAUUGUAAUUGUGCUUUA